AUGAAGUUAGAGAGUGUAAUGCAUGCAGACUUCACUGAAAAGUCUUCUGUUGACACAUUAACUGACAACCAUGACCUAUCAAUAGUAAUAAAUACCUUGGAAGUAAAUUGCUUCCGCUGUAAGCUCUGUCAAAAAAUAUUUUCUGAGGCCACGGCGCUCAGAAAGCACUUACUUGAAGAGAUGGAGCUCGACAACGAAGGCAUUGGCUUCUUGAAUUUAGAAUUAGGACUCGAUUUAUCUGAUGAUAUUGAGACCCAUAUACAAAAAUCUACAGCCAAUAAUGCCAAAAACAGCAUAGUUUGCCCUAUAUGUUCCAAGAUUUGCAAAAGUAAAAAGGGUCUGGAACAGCACAAAGGUAAGACUCAUAUACAUAAAAGGAAAAGGUGUGUAUGCAAAAUAUGUGACAAAAAGUAUGAAAAUAAAUAUGCUUUAAGGUUUCAUAUAAUACAAGUCCAUGAAAAAGCAACAAGAGUGGUAUGUGAAAUUUGUGGAUCAGUCAUAUAUAAUAAAUAUAUGCUUGCUGCACAUAUAGAGAGUGUUCAUUCAAAAACUAUGGUAUAA